ACUAAAACAUAAAUACCAAUGACUUUUGAUGAACACGAAGCAAUUUUAUUUUUUUUUUUAACUCAAAUUCGGCCAACGUAAUUUAAGUCAAUUUAACAAAUCGAUCAAAAAAAAGUAUUGAAAACAAUUUACAAAAAUGUCAAAUCACAAGGAACCAACGGAACCAAAGUCAUUUUUUUAUACAAUUUUACCCAUUUUAUUGUGCGGUUUAUCAAUUCCAUUAUCAAUAUUUCUAUGGAUCGGUAAUUUGGCAUUAACUUUUAUUACAAAGAAUUCGCAAGAUAGUGAGGAAAAUGCGGCUAUUCCACCGACUCGAUGGCUGUUUUCAACAUUAAUGCCUGUUCUGUUGAUGGUUUACGGCCUUAAGCGAAAAGGUGUUAAUUACAGUGGUGCUACGUUGGGUCUGAUUGUUGCUAUCAUAUUGUCGUUGGCAAGUCAUGCAUUUUUAGCAUGUUUGGCUACAUUUUUCUUUACAUCAUCUCGCGUCACAAAAUUUCGUGGCCAUUUGAAGCGGAAAUUUGAAGCUGAUUUCAAAGGAGGCGAAGGAAAAAGAAAUUGGGUCCAAGUUUUAUGCAAUGGUGGCAUGGCAAUGCAGCUUGCUUUACUUUAUCUUUUGGAUUGUGGAAGUAGUGAGCGUCCGAUCGAUUUUGUCACCCAAUAUCGUUCUAGUUGGCUUGGAAUUGGAAUAUUAUCGGCAUUUGCUUGUUGUAAUGGUGAUACAUGGGCUUCCGAGAUCGGUUCAGUAAUGGGAUCAGAACCAUUUUUGAUAACGACACGAAAACGCGUACCUCGCGGCACAAAUGGUGGCGUUACUCCAAUUGGCCUACUUGUCAGUUUUCUCGGCGGUCUUGUGAUUGGUCUAUCUUAUUUCUUGGUCAUUUAUUAUAUGGUCGAUCGUAAUAUUUUGGCUUCCAGUCCACCACAAUGGCCAUUGAUUUUGUUUGGCGGAGUUGCCGGUCUUGUCGGUUCAAUAAUCGAUUCGUUGCUUGGAGCGACAUUACAAUAUUCUGGAGUUGAUUCAAGCGGACAUGUUGUUGAACACCCUUGCCCAGAAGUAAAACACAUCAGCGGUAAUCGCGUGCUUGACAAUCAUUCUGUUAACUUGAUAUCAAGCAUACUGACUGGAUUAAUUAUGCCAUUUAUUGCAUUCAACUUUUGGAUUGUUUAACAUGUUAUUGUCAAAAUUACAAGUCAAAUCAUUGAGUUAGCCUCUUCUUCUUUUGCUAAUUAAAUAAGUCUGAUUAAUAAAGUGUCGUUAAAACUCUUA